UUUGUCAUCGUGGUGAUAGAUUCUACGGACAAAGAGCGAUUGAGUAUGAUAAGGGAGGAACUGUGCAAGAUGCUUUCCAACGAGGAACUGUCGAAGGCUGGAGUGUUGAUCUACGCCAAUAAACAGGAUCUGAAAGGUUCGAUGUCGGCCUCCGAGAUAUCCAGGGAAUUAAAUUUGACGUCUAUCAAGCAGCAACAGUGGCAUAUUCAGUCCUGCUGUGCGUUAACCGGAGAAGGACUGUACCAGGGGUUGGAGUGGAUCGUGAGCAGACUUAAAAAGAAAUGACUAAUCCUACAAAACAUGUCUUCGUAUGUGUGUGUAAAAGCGAAUUGAUGAAUGGGUUACCUAUAAUAAUAAUAAAGAAGAUGUCUCAUAUUGAGAAUAAUUCGGUUGUGUUUAAAGAUGAAUCCAUUUGAGGGAAAACUAAAUGUAUUUUUUUUAUAUGUUGUUAUUAUUAUUUUCUUUUUCUUUCUAAAACUAAAUCUUCUACAAUGACAUUCGAGCCAUUUUUAUAGCUUUGUAAAUAUUCCAAAAUACAACAACAACCACAAAAAACUUACAAGACUAUAACCGAUUACAUUCUGUUAUAAUGAAAUUUAUUAUUCUCUCGUGUUCCUGUUUUUAAUUCAUUUAUGUUAUGAUGGUCUACCUACUACUAAUUCAAUCAAAAUAAAAUGGAUCCAUAUGA